AUUUUAGAUUGGGGAGGAGCACCUGGGAGGGCGGGAGCUUCACAGCAGCAGGCAGCCCCUUGGCCCAGGACGCCUGGAACACGGGGACCAGCCCGUGCUGCCUGGGACGUCCCUGCCUUGGCCUCCCAAGGAAAGGCCUUGGAAACCAACAGUUGUGCCAGACAGCCCAGGAAAGAGCCAUGGCCUGGAGACCAUAGGGUCACCUGUUCCCUGGCAUUCAUGUCCCUCUCAGGUGGAGGGAGGACCCAGGACAAUGGCUGCUGCUCAUGAUUUGGAGAUGGAGAGUGUGAAUCUGAAUAUGGGGAGAGAGAUGAAAGAAGAGCUGGAGGAAGAGGAGAAAACGAGAGAGGACAGCGGAGGUAAAGGUCCUGCCAAGAAUAAAAAGGUCCACAGGGUUGUCUCAAAAUGGAUGCUUCCUGAAAAGUCCCGAAUGACAUACUUGGAGAGAGCUAACUGCUUCCCCCCACCGGUGUUCAUCAUCUCCAUCAGCCUGGCCGAGCUGGCGGUGUUUAUUUACUAUGCGGUGUGGAAGCCUCAGAACCAGUGGAUCACCCUGGACACAGGCAUCUUGGAGAGUCCCUUCAUCUACUGUCCCGAGAAGAGGGAGGAAGCCUGGAGGUUUAUCUCGUACAUGCUGGUACAUGCUGGAGUUCAGCACAUCUUGGGGAAUCUUGCUAUGCAGCUCGUUUUGGGUAUUCCCUUGGAAAUGGUCCACAAAGGCCUCCGAGUGGGGCUGGUCUAUCUGGCAGGAGUGAUUGCAGGAUCCCUUGCCAGCUCCAUAUUUGACCCACUCAAAUCUCUUGUGGGUGCUUCAGGAGGAGUCUAUGCUCUGAUGGGAGGCUAUUUUAUGAAUGUUCUAGUGAAUUUUCGAGAAAUGAUUCCUGCCUUUGGAAUUUUCAGACUACUGAUCAUCAUCCUUAUAAUUGCAUCAGACAUGGGAUUUGCUCUCUACAGAAGGUUCUUUGUCCCUGCAAAUGGGUCUCCGGUGUCUUUUGCAGCUCACAUUGCUGGUGGAUUUGCUGGAAUGUCCAUAGGUUACACCGUGUUUAGCUGCUUUGAUAAAGCACUGCUGAAGGACCCAAGGUUUUGGACAGCAAUUGCUGCUUAUUUGGCUUGUGUCUUAUUUGCUGUGUUUUUCAACAUUUUCUUAUCCCCAGCAAACUGACCUUCCCCUAAUAUGAGUCAAUUAAUAAAAAGAGCCAUGUGGAGGAAAAAAAAUGGAAAACCUCUAUGAAGAAACAGAAGUCUUGGCAAAGUCUAACCAUUUUAUAAAGAGGAAAAAACAGCACUGAACUGAUCAGUUGCAAGGACUGCUUAGGAUUUAAGGAAGGAGCUUCUGAAUGUAAAGAGAGGGAAGAGGAAGAGAGAAAAGAGGAGGGUAGUAAAAAGGAGAGAUUAGGUCCUUCCUAGUCAUGGUACGCAUGUAUGUAUCCCACAAAAAAGACUUGCUCUCCUUGGAGGAUAUAUUUUGAAGACUGCUUGAUAAAACCCUUGAAUACUGUACUAUGCUGAUAAUAAAAACUUUUCAUACCUGUG